AUGGCCUCUCUUGCUGCAGCAAAUGCAGACUUUUGCUUCAACCUGUUCAGAGAGAUAGACAACAGUCAAGAGAGUGGAAAUGUGUUCUUCUCCUCUUUCAGCCUCUUCACCACCCUGGCCCUGGUCCGUCUGGGCGCCCGAGGGGACAGUGCGUCUCGGAUUGAUAAGCUAGGACUCCAAUCUCAACUGAAAAGAGUUCUCUCCGAUAUAAACGCGUCCCACAAGGAUUACCAGCUCAGCAUCUCCAAUGGUGUUUUUGCAGAAAAAGUGUUUGACAUUCAUAAGACACCAGGUAGAGCAAUGGACUCACUCAGUGCUGCAAACGCACGGUUCUGCUUUGAUGUCUUCAAAGAGAUGAGCUAUGACCAUACGGUUGAGAAUCUCUUCAUUUCUCCUUUGGGUCUCCUGUCCACACUGGCUGUAGUGCUCUUUGGGGCCAGAGGCGACAGUGCAUCUCAGAUGGAAGAGGUGCUCCACUUGGAUGAAUUAAAGAGAACUGCAAAUUCUUCAAAUGCAGAGUGUGGACAAGAUACAGGAGUCCAGUCACACAUCCAAGCCCUACUCUCUGAAAUCAGCAAGUCCAGUGACAGUCAAGUUCACAUGGCAAAUGGAAUGUUUGUAGAUGCAGCCCAUCCGUUUCUCCCGAAAUAUUUAGACUGUAUUGAACAACUAUACAAAGUGAAACCUGAAAAUGUGGAUUUCAAAAACAACAUAGAAGAAGCCAGAAUGCAAAUUAACUCAUGGGUUGAAAACAAGACAAAAAGUGAAAUCAAGAGCCUCUCAUCAUCCGACGACAUCAUGUCUUCCGAUCAGUUGGUGCUGGUCAAUGUCAUCUCCUUCCGAGGGAACUGGAAACAUGCAUUUCAGAAAGACCAAACCAGAACUAUGGCUUUCAGGCUGGAUGAGUUACAUAGCAAACCCGUGCAGAUGAUGCAGCUGCAGGGUCGCUUCAAGCUGGGCUCCAUAAAGGAGCCUCGGGUGCAGGUCCUGGAGGUGCCCGACGUAGACGGUUACCUGAGUAUGGUCAUCAUCCUACCCAGAGAGAACCUGGGCCUGGGACAGGUCACCAGAGAAAUCACUUAUGAGAAACUGAAAACCUGGGUCAGCUCACCCAACAUACAAGACACUGCUGUGGAUCUGCGCCUGCCCCGGCUCAGGCUGGACAAGUGCCAGGAAGACCUCACUUCCACAUUGGCGGCCUUGGGAAUGACUGAUAUCUUGGACCCCUCAGUGGCUAACUUUUCUGGCAUAAGUGCAGGAAGAGGCCUCGUAGUCUCCAAGAUAAUCCAGAAGGCCGUUCUAGAGGUUACUGAAGGUGAUUCCAUGUUAGCACUUAACAACUCAACAGGCCAAGUGGAAAAUCCCGAAAUCUUCCAGGUGGAUCGUCCUUUCCUCUUCUUUAUCCUAUGGAAGAAAACACAGACAAUUCUUUUUUAUGGCACAGUAUUCAACCCUUAA